GGGGAGGGGCUUACGAUUGAAAAAGGGACAGCCGAAAGAGAAUCCAUUUAUAAUGAGGGAGCAAUCUGAGAACAAGAGCAAGAGUGCCAAGCCUAAAACAGGCACAAAGGAGAAGAAGAAAAGUGAGUUUGAGUUCUGCAAGGUUUGCAAAAUAAAUCAUGACCAAGGUCUUCGCCACAAGUAUUUCCCUAAGCACAAACAAUCCCUUUCCACCUUCCUCUCUCGCUUCAAAAACAAACUCUCCGAUGUUCGCUUCUUCCUCAAAACACCUUCUCCUCUUACUCCUCAACUUGCUUCCGGCAAUCGCUUCUGGUGUGUUUUCUGUGACCAAGAUAUCGAUGAGCACUCCAGUUCUUUUGCCUGUGAAAAUGCGAUUCGUCACCUAGCAAGUGUAGAACAUGUGAAUAAUUUGAAGCACUUCUUUUGGAAAUAUGGUGGCACAGUGGAUCAGCUGGAUGUGUUUACAGUUUCUCAUAAUGACGUUGCAAAGUGGGACAAGAGGUGCGCAAACCUUAAAAAAGAAGCUUCAUUGCAAAGUGAGGAAAGUCCUGGAGCAGUUUUUGGACCUUCAAGUGAUAUCCAUAAUCAAUCGAACAAUGAAAAUAUUGAUAGUUUUAAAAAUAAUAUUUAUUCCAAUUCUGUGAACUCGAAUGUUGUUUUGCCUUUACACUGCUACACAAAUGAGUAUCAGGUAUCCUCUUCAGGUCACUCUGGAGUUGGAAAUACCGGCCUUUUAGAUAUUGGUAAAUCUUCUUUACCUUCGGAAGCAUGCUCCAGUGCGAAUACCCUUGCUUUGCAGGAUUUUGCAGCUGAACGGAGAAGUCACAAACUCCCUUAUAAUAGUGGACAAUGGUCAAGUGAUGGAUACUCAUAUAAUAAAGCGGUAAGUCUAUGUGUUGGGGGGAAGAGGGGAGGGUUUCUUAUGCUUUGACUCUUCUGCUUGAGAAUCUAACUAUUGAGUUUCAGACUUUCAGCAAUUGUUGGUUGAUGAUUUCAUUGGUUUGUAAGAUCAAUGUAUCUAAAGUUUUUCCUAAAGUUAUCUAAAAUUUUCUUGUCUUCAUGAUCAAGGAUUAUAGUUUGCUUCUCGCAAUGCAUGCUUGUAUAUUUUAUAAUCUCUAAUUUCUAUUUUCACAUUAUUCUGAUUGUUGCUCCCCUCUUGCUCUGUAGCUUUCUAAUGUCUAAUUUAAACACUGAUAAAGGCAUUGCAUUUCUUAUGAAUAUAGCAGGUUCUUGAUAAUGGUAAAGUGGUCAGCGGAGAGAGUGGUCCGCAAGGUGUUCAUCUAUCUAUAACUAUAUAUUUUUCUUAAGUUCUUAUAAUUCUAUAAAGUUGGGGAGCAUGUGCCAAUUGAAUAUGUAAUUUUUCAUAGCACUAUUGCAUUUGCACCUAUGUGCAAAAUAUUUGAAGACUUGAAUGCAGAAAAAAAAGUUCUCUGUGGCAUUAUGACUUGCUCUUAGAUAGAUAACAUUGAGGAGGCUGUGAAUGUGAUGGUAAACUAGUGUGCAUGAUGCAUUGUCUACUAAUGACUCUGCAUUUUCAGGUAUACAAAUGCUCACUCGGAUUUCUUUUGUGCCUGCUGAAAAUGGUGGUGGAAAUGUUCAUUCUGGAGCACCUCCGCCUUGGUUUGAAACAACUGAGGGAGUUCAGAUGCAUCCGAAGCCUGUUUUAGGAGACCUUGUCUCCCAUUCAAACAAGUCAGGGAAGCACAAAAAGUUGAAUCCUAAACGCGUUGGAGCUGCUUGGGCAGAAAAGAGAAAGAUUGAAAUGGAGAUGGAAAAGAGGGGAGAGACUGUGAGGAACGAAUGUGAUGCCAGCUGGCUUCCUAAUUUUGGUAGAGUCUGGCAAUCUGGCAGCAGAAGAGAAUCCAGAAAAGAAUUUGAAAAGGAGAAACAAGAGUUGUCAAAUGUUGAAGCUCAACCUAAGAUGCCAAUCAAG